CACACUUUCUCUCUCCUCUCUUUCCUGUUUCACCAUUUCCAGAUAGAGAGAGAGAGAGAGAUUAGAGAGCACAGCACAUUCCUCGUCGGUUGUCCUCAAAACUCUGACCUGCUCGUAAAUAUAACAAGUCCCACCACUCUUUCUCACUUUUCAUUUUCCUCCUCCACAAAUUUUCUCAGCUUCUCUCUGAAAAUCCCUAAAUUUUCUUUAUUCCCAAACGAAGAAAGAAGAGAGAAAUCGAAGAAAGAAAUCCGCGUCGUAUCUGCAAUGAAACUCGAUCCUCAGAUCCAUGGAGGACCGCCACGUAUUCCUCUCUAACAAUCGUCGCUAUUGUCGGUUCCGUCUCGCAAAUGCUCUGGAUUCUCUGCUCGUUUCGAAACCCUAGCGGAUCCACGCCUUAACUCUCUGUGUUUGUGUUUUUGUUGUUUGUGGUCGUAAUCUCAGCCGUCCGAUCGAGACCUAACCGUGAAGAUGAAGAGCUCAAGCCGGCUGUUCACGAUCGGGCUCGUCGCCUCAUGGUACUCCUCCAACAUUGGGGUUUUGUUGCUGAACAAGUACUUGCUGAGCAACUAUGGCUUCAAAUACCCGAUCUUCCUCACCAUGUGCCACAUGACCGCUUGCUCUCUCCUCAGCUACAUCGCCAUCGCGUGGAUGAAGAUGGUCCCGAUGCAGACCAUUCGAUCCAGGGUUCAAUUCCUCAAGAUCUCCGCUCUCAGCUUCGUCUUCUGCAUCUCCGUCGUCUUCGGCAACAUUUCGCUCCGAUACUUGCCGGUCUCCUUCAACCAGGCUAUUGGCGCCACCACGCCCUUUUUUACCGCCGUGUUUGCCUACCUCAUGACGCUCAAGAGGGAGGCUUGGCUCACCUACGUCACCCUCAUUCCUGUUGUCACUGGAGUCAUAAUCGCUAGCGGGGGUGAACCAAGUUUCCAUCUAUUUGGAUUCAUAAUUUGUAUCGCUGCUACAGCUGCAAGGGCGCUCAAAUCAGUUCUUCAAGGAAUUUUGCUUUCUUCUGAAGGGGAGAAGCUGAAUUCUAUGAAUCUGCUUCUGUAUAUGGCCCCUAUAGCAGUGGUAUUUCUACUUCCGGCAACACUUAUCAUGGAAGAAAAUGUAGUUGGCAUAACGCUAGCUCUUGCAAGAGAUGAUGUAAAGAUCAUAUGGUAUCUACUAUUCAAUUCAGCAUUAGCAUAUUUUGUAAAUUUGACCAACUUUUUGGUCACAAAACAUACCAGUGCUUUGACUCUUCAGGUGCUAGGAAAUGCAAAGGGAGCAGUAGCUGUGGUGGUUUCAAUUUUAAUUUUCAGAAACCCUGUAUCUGUGACUGGAAUGAUGGGUUAUUCUCUUACAGUCAUUGGAGUUGUCCUUUACAGUGAAGCCAAGAAACGAAGUAAAUGAUACAACACUUUGGGAAAGCAGUAACUGGAUUUCCCAAUGUUUUGAUUUUUCUUGUUGCAAGGAAAGCGGCACAGCCUAUCUGGGGGAAAAGGUUUAGUCCACAUGCUAUCAGUUGGUGACAGGCUCUUUUUUUUUUUUUUUUUUCCUCCCUUUACAUUCUAUUUUUUCUCCCUGGAAACCUUCGAAAGUGUUUCCAUUUGUAUCAGCGACAACGCAGGAAAUUAGUCAUAGGAAAAUUUAAUAAGUGACUGAAUAUGUCCCUGUUAUUCCCAGCUUAGGGUUAUGAAGGAAUAUGCUCUUUAUCUUUUUAUUCUUUUGGCAAAGGGUUGUAGUACUGGUCUCCACACAAUCAGUCUGUUAUUAACAUUCUUAUAUUGAUUAAUUAAUGAAAACAGCUACAAUUUUACAAUUCCA